CUGAUAUAAAUCUGCUUAGGAGGCCUGAUUCACAGACGCUGCAGGAUGGAGCGGGGCGCAGGAGCCAAGCUGCUGCCGCUGCUGCUGCUUCUGCGGGCGACUCGUUUCACAUGUGCACAGGCAGAUGGCCGGAACGGCUACUCGGCGGUCAUCGAAGUGACCAACGGGGGUCCCUGGGGCGACUGGGCCUGGCCUGAGAUGUGUCCUGACGGGUUCUUCGCCAGCGGGUUCUCGCUCAAGGUGGAGCCUCCCCAAGGCAUUCCUGGCGACGACACUGCACUGAAUGGGAUCAGGCUGCACUGCGCGCGCGGGAACGUCCCAGGCAAUACGCACGUGGUAGAGUCCCAGUCUGGAAGCUGGGGCGAAUGGAGUGAGCCGCUGUGGUGUCGCGGCGGCGCCUACCUAGUGGCUUUCUCGCUUCGCGUGGAGGCACCCACGACCCCCGGUGACAACACAGCAGCGAACAACAUGCGCUUCCGCUGUUCAGACGGCGAGGAACUGCAGGGGCCUGGGCUGAGCUGGGGAGACUUUGGAGACUGGAGUGACCGUUGCCCCAAGGGCGCGUGCGGCCUGCAGACCAAGAUCCAGGGACCUAGAGGCCUCGGCGAUGACACUGCGCUGAACGACGCGCGCUUAUUCUGCUGCCGCAGUUGAAAGGCGCCGCCGCCGCCGCUCUCUCCCUGGUCAGGAGGCUAGUCCCACCUCUUGCUAUUAAAGCUUUUCUGAGUUGA